AUUUACGUGGCACCGGUGAAAGCUGACGACGAAUUCUUCUUGGAAACGUGGAAAAUAAAGUCUUAAAAAUGAAUUUAUUGGGAGUAUUUUUGCGAGUUUUCGUUUCUUUAAUACUUAUUUCAUCUAUAAACUGUUAUUUCAUUCAAAUUGAUGCUCAUGCAGAGGAAUGUUUCUUUGAUAAAGUAACAUCCGGUACCAAAAUGUCUCUGUCUUUCGAAGUUGCAGAAGGGGGAUUCCUGGAUAUUGAUGUGAAGAUGUAUGGUCCAGAUGGUAAAGUUAUCCACUCAGUCGAUCGAGAAUCCAGUGGUAAAUAUACAUUUGCUGCCUACAUGGAUGGAAUUUACAAAUAUUGUUUUGGUAACAAAAUGUCAACAAUGACACCAAAAAUAGUAAUGUUCAGUAUGGAUAUUGGAGAAAAACCAAAAGAGCAAGAAAAUAUGGAAAAUGAUGCAAACCACAAUAAACUCUCUGAAAUGAUAGUUGAAUUAUCCACAGCAUUAACUGGUGUUAAACAUGAACAAGAAUAUAUGGAGCUUAGAGAAAGAACACAUAGAGCUAUUAAUAACAAUACAAACAGUCGUGUAGUUUUAUGGUCAUUUUUUGAAGCUUUAGUGUUAGUAGCUAUGUCAUUAGGUCAAGUUUAUUACUUAAAAAGAUUUUUUGAAGUACGAAGAGUUGUGUAACUAUUGUUUAUUGAUAGAUUGUAAAUAAUUACAUACGUUUAUAUCUAUGUUUAAUAACUAUUCUUUAUGGACAAUUUCAGUUUCAUCUUGACCCUGAAGAUAUUGUUUAAAGGGAUUGUAAAUUAGUUUUCUAAAAAAAAAAUUUUUAUGGUCCUGCCAUACUAUUUGUGUGUUCAACUCAUAUACUGGGUAAAGAUGAGAAGUAGUUAUUAAACAUAGAAAAUCAUAUCAUCCUAUUGUAUAACCUUCAUCACCAUUCUGGCCUUGUUGUUAAAUCAUCAUCUAACUGAUACCACAUUAUGGAAGGGCUCCCAGAAGGAAAUCCCGCCUUUGCAUAUAUAUAUAUUUAUAUCUAUUUGAACCUCUCGCAGAUUUCUUGUCAGACGCUUGUGGUUUCCAUAAUUGGGAAGGUCACUGAUACAUGUACAAAGGCUAGAAAACAACGUUUUGCAUGUCAUAUAGAAAUAUAUCUUUUAUGAACAUAUACAAAAUUCUGAAGUUUGACCUUUUCAUUGCUGUGUUAAAAACAUCAAAUUAAUGAAUUUGGUUGUAAAUGCAAAUUGAGGUGCGUGAUCAUUUUGUAUGGAUUGUAACUGGUGGCGCUCAAUUGGUGAGUUCUGCUUGUUCCAGAUUCAGGGGAUUAGCCAGAAGUUUAAUAAAACAAUUCGUAAAAGGAUUAGGAAUCCCCUGCAGAUGCGCCCUAAAGAGGUAAAAAAUAAUUCAUAUUUCCUGAGAAAGGAAUUUGAAUGUGACAUAUCUUUUUCUGUACCAUUCGAUACACGCCUAUAAUUGGAACGGACACAAGCUGUUCAGAACUUACCAAUUGAUUGUAACUAUGGAUAGAAAUUUAUGCAACUAAUUUCAUUUCUUAUGUGUCCAUUUUUUUUUCUCGAAAUUUUGUCAAGAGAUUUUUUCCCCCCCAAGUUAUGUAUGACUGUGUACUUGAUGUUGUUGAUUUUUCUUUGAUGUCUCUUUCAUAGGAUGUUGAUAUUUCAAUUAUAUUUAAAAAAUCUUUCUGCAGACAUUAUUAGACAACAGAGGUCUUGGUAAAAGUAAAUUUCUGUUCAUAAAUUAGUUGUAAAUAUUUUAUGGAAUGUUUUAUUAUUUGAUAUUUGUAUAGAUAUUUAAGUAUAAAUUCGAUAUUGUCCAUUAGAAUAGUCAAUAAAUUUUUGUCAAAAUCACUGUAACACCAAGGUUAAUUUAUUUUGUACAGAAAUUUCAUCAGUUUGUAAAUACUAGAGAUAACUAUUUGUUUUGUUGCAUAUUACAUGAAUUUAGUGUGGGGAUGGUUUCAAUUGUACAUCAGUGUAUCUGAAUGAAUAAAUGAUCUUUUUCUUUAAUAUGCAUUAAUUUUGACUACAGAUUUCCAUGACAAAAUUCGCUCCAAUGGUAGAUUCUGUUUGCAUUGAAAAAAAGUCUAAUGACUCAAUCUUAAGACCAAAAAUCUCAGUUUUUUUUUAUGAGUGAGUUCACCAAAAAAAUAUCCAGGAUAUUGCCAAGUAAUAAUUAACACUGUUGUAUACAAAUUAUUUUAAUAACAAUCUAGCGUGUAGAAAAUAUAGUUUCUGUUUAUAAUAUAUAACAAUGAGCAUCAUGUAUAAAAUAAGUAACAAUAAAGAGUAUUACCUCUUUUAAAAGCACAACAAAGAGAGUGGUUCUAGGGUUGGGAGAUAAAUACUAGUAUAGACUAACCAAGAUAUUUCUCUUCAUGAGGGUCAAUUCUAAACAAAAACGAGCAGUCCUCUUUAUUUUUAGGUGGUAAAAAAAAAAACUAUGCAGACUAAACUUAUAUUGUGUUGAUAAUUACUAAAACCACCACCUGUUUUUGUUUUGUAUUAAUGACCCAUUGAGCAAAAGAACCUUUGCUUGACUAUAUCACGAUCAAUACCAGUAUUGGAAUAAUUCACAUAAACCAAAAUUGCCCAGUCCCAAGUGAUCAUAGAAUAAGAUUUUAUCCACCAAUAAUCAAUAUAAGUAGUAUGAUAUUUCUCAAUGUAAAAUUCCACACUUGAGACACAUUCUUAUAUUACUUUAAAGGUAAAGAUAC